GGAACCAAUCACGCAAAGACACGUAUCAAGAAAUAUAAUGGGAAGAAAGAAACUCGUUUUCAAUUUCCCGCCAAAUUUGAAAAUGAAAAAAAAAAAAAGAAUUUCAGAGCUGAUGAGAGAGAGGUUUCAUCCACUUUCGUAGUACUCUUUCACCGAUUUUCUUGCAAUAAACCCUAAUUGCAUCGGGAAAUGUCGACGUGGAAGAUAUUCUCCGGCGCCGGAAACACUUUCCGGUGGGAAAUCACCGGCCGAUACCUCGAACCACGACCUGUUGGCGGAGCCAGGGAUACUGAUGCCCCACCUUCUGUGGAAAGAGGAGACAACCCAAGCUCGCGUCUCCCUUCCAUGACAGACAUUUUGUUUCAAGAAUGUUCGAAGCUUCUGGAGGAUAAUGUCGAAGAAUUUGACGGAGGUUCGAUGUUCAAAACUGGAUCGGGGAGAUCUGUUCCGGUGAAACAAGCUUCAAUUACUAAAGCACUAGCUGUUCUUGGCCAAGUUGAUUCAAAUGAUACAGAUCAAGUGGAUGUUAGAGAUAAGAAAUUAGAUUUCUCUAAUUCCCUUUUCCAGACGGGCUCUGGGAAAAUGGUUAAUAUAUCUCCAGCAGGUAUAGCAAGAGCAAAGACGUUGUUGGGAUUGAUUGAAGACAAUGAUCCUGGCAGUUUUCAAGGCUUUCAAGAGACAAGAAAGUUAUCUAGUACCGAUUCCACUUCUGGGUGUCAAAAUAUUUCUCAAUUGGUAGUUAGAGAGGGUGUCAACAACUAUAAAAGUAUGGAUGAUGCUUUGGUUCCGAGAUCUUCAUUGUUUUGUAAGAUUGAUCCAGGUCAAGAUAAACUCAGUGAAGCAAAACCAUAUUUGACUCCAUCAAGGAUGUAUAAUUCAGCAACCAAAACACCACCGGUAAAGUUUCAAACAGCAGGUGGAAAAUCUAUAUCUGUUUCCAGUGAUGCACUGAAGCGUGCAAGGAGUCUUCUGGGUGAUCCAGAGUUAGGAAAUUUCUUGGAGAUUGGGGAUGCAGAUGAGACAGAACUUUCAUUUUCAAAAAAUAAAAUGAUGGUUGAUUCUGGAUUAAGGAAGGAUAAUGACCCCCCAACUAGUGUAAAUCAUCAGGGAACGGGAAAGAACAACUCUAUGCCUAAGAGCUUUAUAUCUCCACUACGAUCAUCUUCCAAACUAAUGCCAUCGUUGGUCAAUUCGGAAACUAAAAAUUUAGGGGCUAACUUGAUCAGACGAUUUGAUUCAGUUAGCCAUGAUAAUGUUUGUAAGUUAAAUAGAAACCUUACUUGCCAACAAGAGCCUUUGGGUACAGUGGCAGACAACUCCUCGGAAAGUACUAUUGGUUUAAGAAAGAAUCAGGAUGUUAAAUCAACAGGAAGGCAAUUGGCUGAUAUAUCAAACACCAUUGGUACAGUUUCUGCAAAAGAUAAACAGGGAAUCAAUGAAAAGAGGAAAGUUCUUAGAGUUUCUAAAUCUUCAUUCAAGAGGCCCCGUAGUUCCAAGUUCUCCACCCCUAUGAAAAGCAAUGCUUCUUUCGCUCCUAAUGGUUUAUCUACAUUUUACUCUGAACAUUCUUGUUCAAAAGGAAGGGUUUUUAGUCGAUACCCUUUUCAGAAAUCAAGAAUGUAUGUCAGGGAAUAUUUUGGAGGGCCUCCAUCCCAACACAUGUUGAAAUCUGUGCCGGACCAAUUUAGAAGGAUUAGAGCAGAUAAUGCAGAGAAUUUCACAUUCCCUGAUGCCUCCGGUGUAAAUUGCAUCGGAGCAGAAGCUUUCUUCCACAUAUUGAUCCAGUCUGGAGCUUCUGAGCAAUAUGUUUCGAAGGAGUGGGUCAAAAAUCAUUACAAGUGGAUCAUCUGGAAGCUGGGAUGCUACGAAAGAUGCUAUCCAACUAAAUCUUCUGGAAGAAUUCUCACAGUGGGCAAUGUGAUUGAGGAAUUGAAGUAUAGGUAUGAAAGGGAAGUGAACCAUGGCCACCGCUCUGCGAUUAAAAGAAUUCUUGAAGGGGAUGCUUUGCCUACUUCAAUGAUGGUUCUAUGUGUUUCUGCAAUUAAUUCAAAUUCCGACCCUAAUAUUGAGGCUAACUCUUCGGUACAAGGCGAUGCUGAAAAUCAUACUGCUGCUGCAGCAAAAAUUGAAGUUACUGAUGGUUGGUAUUCAAUGGAUGCUCUGUUGGAUGUAAUGCUGUUAAAGCAGCUUGCUUCAGGAAAGUUGUUCAUUGGCCAGAAAAUUCGGAUUUGGGGAGCAGGAAUAUGCGGCUGGGCUGGGCCUGUUUCACCACUUGAGGUGCCAAGAACAGCUAAUCUUGUUUUGCACAUAAAUGGCACAUAUAGAGCUCAGUGGGCUGAUAAACUUGGAUUCUGUAAGGGUGUUGGUCUUCCUUUAGCAUUUAAAUGCAUAAAAAGUAAUGGGGGUCCAGUCCCGCUGACUUUGUUUGGCAUCACACGAGUAUACCCUGUUCUCUACAAGGAAAGGUUGGGCAAUGGAAGUUCAGUUGUGAGAUCAGAGAGGAUGGAGAAUAAAGUAUUGCAAUCAUACAACCAGAGACGCUCUGCUAUUGUCGAGAGCAUUGUUUCUGACUUUCAGAGGGGCAUAAAACAUUCACAUACCUAUAAUGAUAGUGAAAGUGAAGAAGGGGAAAAAAUCUUGAAGAUACUUGAGACAGCCUCAGAACCUGAAGUUCUAUUGGCAGAGAUGAGUCCAGAACAAUUAAGUUCCUUUGCAAAAUAUCAAGCAAAAAUGGAGGCAAUCAAGCAGUCUGACAUGGAGAAGUCAAUCGAGAAAGCUUUGGAAAAUGCCGGCUUAGGUAAGAGAGAAGUCAUCCCAUUUAUGAGGGUAAGGGUGACUGGUCUAACGAGUAAAACAUAUCAAGGAAAGGAUAUUCCCAAAGAAGGCUUGAUCACUAUUUGGAAUCCAACAGAAAAGCAGCAAACUGAGCUGGUUGAGGGGAAGGCAUAUAAAGUUGCAGGGCUUCAACCAACAAAUGCUGAUGCUAAUAUUCUUUAUUUGCAAGCAAGAGGAUCUACUUCCUGGCAGUCUUUAUCCCUGCAUGCAUUGGAAAAUUUCAAACCAUUCUUCACACCUCGCAAAUCAGUAUUACUGUCAAAUUUGGGAGGAGUUCCUCUUUCCAGCGAAUUUGAUAUUGCUGCGUUUGUCGUCUUUGUUGGGGAGGUUUACAAAGGUGGGCAGCAGAUGAAACAAUGGGUGUUUGUGACUGAUAGUUCCAUCUCUGAGUUACAGUCGGAAGAAUUUUCCAAUUGUUUGCUUGCCAUCUGCUUUUGCUCCCCAAAUAUUGAUGAUGAUUCUUCUAUACCUUUCAACCGUAACCUUGUCGGAUCAACGGUUGGCUUCUGUAAUCUCGUGAAGAGACCAAAUGACCAAGUGAAUCAUCUCUGGGUAGCUGAAGCUUCAGAAAAUUCGACCUAUUUCUUGAGUUUUGACUCUCCACAUUAUUCUCACCUAAAAAAUGCGGCUAUCUCUGCUGAAAAAUGGGGAAGAAACUCUGAGGAGACCACUUGUAAGCUUAGAGAGAAGGUUUUAUAUGUUGUUGGUGAUCGUACAAGCUAAGCUAGGUGUGAAAAUUGCCCACCUCAGCUGACAGUUAAUUUGCAUGCACUGACCAAAAUGAGAUAUCAUGCAAAUCAAUGGAGAUGAAAAGAGUUUUAACAUCAGUAACGAUAAAAGGAGCUUUCAAUCUUCAUUAACAUGAAGCUGGUGAAUUGUGUCAUAAUAUCCCUUUCAAAGGAAACUAAAAAACACUAAUGGAAAAUCAUUUUGUGGAAGCAAAAAAAUAUGGUUUUGUAAAUUACAGGAAGGAAAGGACCAAGGAAAUGCUCUUUAAGUCCGGCUACAUUCAUCAAUUUUGCAAAGUAAGCUGUUAGUGAAGGAACAAUUGUUCAUAUUUUUAUUUAAACAAAUACAUAUAUGUUAAUGUAAAUUCAAUAGUGAAAGAGUAGUACUCUAUUAUAUAGUUCAUUCAUAGUCAUACCACUGAAUAUUAUGUUGUUGUCUGAAAAUAAUGUGUGAAAUUAAAAUGAUGAUGUGAGGGGAUUGAUUGUCUGCAUCUGCUACUUACUGUACACCUUUGAACUUGAAUUAAGUUACAAAAACCACACAGUUUCAAUUCU